UGCAGUCCCAGAGCCCAGUGCACAGAGGCUGGUGGGUGGGCCGACAGACGGACGCCGAGAGGGAAGCCGCGCCCCCCGCCCCCAAUCCGCGCCAGCGCCGCCACAACCCGCUCCCAGGCCGCCCGUCCAGCCAGCCCUCGCCAGGGUGCCUGCGGUGCCGGGGCCCAGACCGCCAACUGCUCUGCGCCUCGGGUUCGCCAUGCGCUCCGCCGCUGUCCUGGCGCUUCUGUUCUGCGCCGGGCAAGUCAUUGCCCUCCCUGUGAACAGCCCUAUGAAUAAAGGGGACACCGAGGUGAUGAAGUGCAUCGUUGAGGUCAUCUCUGACACACUAUCCAAGCCCAGCCCCAUGCCUGUCAGCCAGGAGUGUUUCGAGACCCUCCGAGGAGAUGAACGGAUCCUCUCAAUCCUGCGACAUCAGAAUUUGCUGAAAGAGCUCCAAGAUCUUGCUCUCCAAGGUGCCAAGGAGAGGGCACAUCAGAAGAAACACAGCGGUCUUGAGGAUGGACUCUCAGAGGCUCUUGAGAAGCAGAAUGACCAGGCAGAGCUGAAAGAGGUGACACAAGAGGCAUCCUCCAAGGAUGCUUCGGAGAAAAGAGGGGACUCUGAAGAGACAGAGGAGAAUGAUGGAGACACAGAUGGAGCCAGGCCCCAGGCCUCCCCGGAGCCUGAACAAGGGUCCAAGGUCGAGGAAGACAACCAGGCCCCAGGGGAGCAGGAAGCCUCCAACACCCACCCCCCAGCCAGCCUUCCCAGCCAGAAACACUCAGGCCCACAGGCCCAGGGGGACAGAGGGAGCCUCUCCCAGGGUCCGGUGGACAGAGAGAAGGGCCUGGGUGUAGAGCAAGAGGAGCAGGCAAAGCGAGAAGAGGAGGAGGAAGAGGAGGAGGACACAGAGGCUGGAGAGAAGGCUGUCCCCGAAGAAGAAGGCCCCACCGCAGCAUUUAACCCCCACCCAAGCCUUGGCUACAAGGAGACCCAGAGGGACGAGACUCCAGGAUGGCCCAAGGCUCUGGCUGUGGAUGGAGCCAGGAAGACCGGGGCUGAGGAGGCUCAGCCCCCCGAGGGGAAGGGGGCGCGGGAGCACUCUCGGCAGGAGGAGGAGGAGGAGAUGGCAGAGGCCCCUCGAGGCCUCUUCCGGGGCGGGAAGAGCAGGGAGCUGGAGCAGGAGCAGGAGGAGGAGCAGCUGUCCAACGAGUGGGAAGAUGCCAAGCGAUGGAGCAGGAUGGACCAGCUGGCCAAGGAGCUGACGGCCGAGAAGCGGCUGGAGGGGGAGGGCGAGGAGGAGGACCCCGACAGCUCCAUGAAGCUCUCCUUCCGGGCCCGGGCCUACGACUUCAGGGGCCCUGGGCUGCAGCUGCGACGAGGCUGGAGGCCGUCCUCCCGGGAGGACAGCGUCGAGGCGGGCCUGCCCCUCCAGGUGCGCAGCUACCCGGAGGAGAAGAAGGAGGAGGAGGGCAGUGCCAACCGCAGACCGGAGGACCAGGAGCUGGAAAGCCUGUUGGCCAUCGAGGCAGAGCUGGAGAAGGUGGCCCACCAGCUGCAGGCACUGCGCCGGGGCUGACACGCCAGCCGGCCCCCCCAGCCAGGGCCCCGAGGCACCCAGCAGUCCUGGCUCUCCUGUCCCCUUUGCAGGUCCUGGCCAGACGGCCUGGGCACUGCUUCUGGUAGAGGGGCCACUCCAGCCCGCCCAAGCCCAGGCCGCCCUGUUGCCCCCUCGCUCCCUCCCUUCUGCUCUCGAUUCCAGCCCCAGUGCGCCCCUCUGCGGGGCACACCCCCCGACUUUAAAUGGUUAUCUUCUCUCUGGACACAGGCAGCUUUCUAGAAGUUUCCUUUCCAUCGUCAGAGCCAUUGGGCACAAUUGCAAUAACUUCUGACCUUUUGGUGAAAGCUGAGAACUCCUGACUGUAAUAUAUUCUGUACAAAAUUUAUCUAAGAAGAAAUAAAACUGCUCUGGGCUCUUUCUGGUUUCUUUGAA